CAAUUUAUCAUUCUUCCCUGUACUCCACUCUCUCUCUCUCAAUCAAUGUAAGAUUUGUCAGAUAUUGUAUUGGUUAGUGACUUAGUGGGUUGUGAAACUUAAGGCACCAUUGACUAUCUGGGCAGCAAGCUCUUGUUUAUUUCAAAAUAUAACCAAAGAUCUGAUGAAGUGGAUGAUGAAUAUUUUAUCCACUAAAGCAUCACACUACAUUGGGUGGUUUCUGCCACGUUGCUUUUACCCUUAUCACAGAGUCACAUUGAUAUGCCCGAAUAUUGAGGUUGCGAUUGCAUAAUUUGCAUGAAUAUUAAUCUGCAAUUGAAUCAUGGAAAGGGAAUCAGGUGUCUGUCUUUCAAGGAACCCAGGAAUGGAUUUCACAAUUCAUGAGGUUGCUCAAAGCAGUUUGAAGCAUGCCCAUCGCCUCUUUGGUUGCAUCUCUGAGAAAAAGCAUAAGAGAAGUGCUCAAGAAGUAAGCCUGUUUGCUCAAGAUGCAGUAAACGAAUUCCGCAAACUGCUUACUCUCCUUGAUGGAUCAAUCUUAUCAAAUCAGAAGAGGAUCAGAAGGGGUCCACUGCCCGAAUCCCAUGGCAUAAACCAGGUUGAACUGUUGGAAUCCCAUCACCCUUGCUUAGGGUUUAGACAGUUGUUUAGUAAUACUCAUCAGAGUGAUCAUGUAGCUGCAAAUGUGAUCCGCAGUAAUGGCUUUAGCAUGGGUAGAGAGCGAAAACCGAGCCUGGCAUUGCAACAAGGCCACUGUGAAACCAGUGUGGUUCUUCCUAAUAAUUUGAUCAUGGGUUUGAACCAAUUCUCACAGAAGCCUAGUACUUCUUUGAUCAGUAUGGACGGAAGUAGCAUUAACACGCAGACGUGGAUGAUUCACUAUUCUUCGUCUGAACUCUUCGCUUCUCGAGAUAGCGACUCUAUGUUUUCUUCUAAAAAGAAGUGUGAAGAAGCCAGUACAAGAUGUUUAGCCUCUACCGGUGGAUGUCAUUGCUCAAAGAGAAGGAAACUGAGAAUAAAGAGAAGAAUACGAGUUCCGGCUGUGAGCAAUAAGCUAGCUGAUAUACCUCCUGAUGACUAUUCUUGGAGGAAGUAUGGGCAGAAGCCUAUCAAAGGGUCUCCAUAUCCUAGGAGUUAUUACAAAUGCAGCUGUGUGCGAGGAUGUCCUGCACGAAAGCAUGUCGAACGAUGCUUGGAGGAUCCUAACAUGUUGGUUGUUACAUAUGAAGGCAAUCAUCAACACCCGAGGUUUACAUUUCAGGCACCCUCUGUUGCGAUUUAAGUUCACCAAAUGAAUCAAAAUAGGCCGACAUUUCACAGCUUGACCUGGUUUUACAUUGUAAGCUUCUCUUCUGCUCAAAUCCUGAAACUGUUAAAAGUGUAACUUUGAAGUGUGAUCUACUCCUCCGUCCCAAUUUUUGUCUUUAAUAAUGUUUUUACUCAGAUCAGAUCAUUGUACAUAUUUACAUGUGAAAAGUUGUAUUUGAA